AUGCUGGCACGCUGUUUCAACGUGUUUCUAUUCGUCCUACUACUGGCGUUGAUCGUGCCGAAAAGCCAUGCCGAAGCAAAGAAAGACGUGCCGACGUCGACACGGCCACCAGACGAGCCGGUUGGUCUUACUCAUUUUGAACUGAUUUUUGUCAGAAAGUCCACAAAAAGUAGGACCAUAAAGGCUGUGGUCGCAUGUAGAAUUGCUGAACACGUCCACGAGAUUCAAAUCAUACUGUUUAACUGACGUCACCCUAAUUCUAAUGCUGACGCGCGCAAGUCGCUCUAAAGUCGGGUGCGCUUUCAAAAAACUCGCUACGCAACCGUUAGCCAUUCUAAGUGGUAUGGUAAAUCAUGAGCAGAACCACAAAACCAAUCUUCAUGGAAACUUCCAAGUUCCAGCUCUCAUCCGAAGAGAUCACGGCGUUCAUGAAGCAAGACUUCUUCACCGACGCGAUUGCAACGUGCGACAACGAGACGGCGCCCAACCGCCACGCCAUCUACUGCAGCGGACGUCUCCUGCAGGCCGUCAUGGCCGUCAGGCUCUACAAGGACUCGAAGACGUUCCUCGACCAGCCGAUCCGCAAUAACUACACCGCCAAUCAGAUUAUUGCCGAGUUUGACCGCCGAUUCCCCGACUUUGACUCGAUCACACGAGCCGACGUCAAAAAGUUCGUUGACGAACACUUUGAGAAGGAGGGACACGAGUUGGAGAUGUGAGUUUGGCCUUUUUUUUUCGAAGCCAUGGAAAAUAAGAAUUAUCCUCACUCAAAAAAAAUGUUUCAUUCUUGUUAUUCUGAACCCAAGGAAGAACGUCCAUUGAACAAAACAAAAGUUGAAGUUGAAUCAACCGAAAACAAGACAUUUUGACCCAGAAAACAAAGUUCAAAAUUUUUUCGAUCAAGUGUUUUCGAUUUGGGCCAAAGUACUCCAAUCAUUACACCUAUAUCGAAAAUUGCCUGUUUUUCACAUGAAUUUUACAGUUGCCACCUACCGGAUUGGGUUCCAAAACCAAAGUCUCUCGAUUCGAUCGUCGACCCAGAAUACCAAGAAUUCGCGACACGUCUUCACUACAUCUGGAUAGAGUUGUGCCGCGAAAUGAGCACCGAGGUUCGAGAUCAGCCCGAGCGGUUUUCCCUGCUCUACGUCCCUCGGAGCUUCGUCGUUCCUGGCGGCCGAUUCCGCGAAUUCUACUACUGGGACGCCUACUGGAUCGUCAAGGGCCUGCUCGCUUCAGAGCUGCACGAGACUGCCAAGAACAUGGUCAUCAACUUUGCCUACAUGAUCCACAAGUACGGAUUCGUGCCGAAUGGCGGCAGGGUCUAUUAUCUGCGACGUUCGCAGCCGCCCAUGUUCGCCGCCACCGUCUACGAGUACUUCCAAGCGACCGGCGACGUCGACCUUCUAGAAAAGGUCGUGCCGCUGAUCGAGAAGGAGUUCGAGUUCUGGGUCCAGCAUCGCUCGAUUAAUGUUCCACUAGGGGAUGGGUCUUCCGUCGACAUGUUCCAGUACAGAACCGAGGCCAAUACACCCAGGUAGCUUAUUAAUAAUGAAGGUCAUUAUAGUCUGAAUAAUUGUCUCAAAUCCUCUGAUGUCGAGGUACAUUCUUAUAAAGCUUGUCCCAGUAGCGACUAUGACGUAUCUCGUUCUAAACCUUCAGAGAAGUGUUGAGCAAAAUUUCAGAACUUGAAACCAAUAUGAUCUCCCUCGUAAGAUCUUUGAGAGAAAAUGAACCAUUUUCAGGCCAGAAUCCUUCCGCGAGGACGUGCUAACGGCCAAGAACAUGAGCUUGCCGGAGAAGCGAAAGUUCUUCAGAAACAUUGCCAGUGCCGCCGAGUCCGGCUGGGAUUUUUCCAGCCGCUGGUUCAAGGAUGGAAAAUCUUUGGAGAAGAUUGUCACCACCGACAUCGUUCCGGUUGAUUUGAACGCAUACAUUUGCUACAAUAUGCGCAUCUUGGCACAUCUUCACUCUGUGCUAGGUUUAGACUUUCUUUCUGACAUAGAGGUCGUUUCUUUGAUAAGCUCGACGUUCUCCAAUGGGGCUCAAACUUCUAGGAGUCAUAACUUUACUUCCAACUGAUUUAGAAUCCGAAUCUUCUGGCUCCUUUCAUCCAAAUUCCAUCAAAAAGCCUAAAGUUGGAAAUGUCCCCGACUAAAAGUUUACAAGAACCAUUAGUAAGGACUACGACGGAUGAGCAUCUACACUUCCUAGAAGAACUAAACUUCAUACUAGAACGAGUACCCCAAUAUGAUCAAAAAUCUUCCAGGAAACCCGGAGAAGCACGAAGAAUGGUCGGGACGAUUCGUCGCUUUCCGAGAGCAGUUCACCAAACUGUUCUACGUGAGCGAGAAACGCGGCUGGUACGACUACAACCAUCAGACGCAGCAGUACAACUUUGAGUUCUACCCGACCAUCGCCAUCCCAUUGUUCGCCCAGUGUUACGACGCCUUCGACCAGAGGCUUGUCGUCGACGUCUACCGACAGAUGGAAGCCACCGGGGCUUUUCAAUUCGCCUCCGGCGUUCCAACAAGGUAAUCUUCUGUCUCUCUAUCACAGAUCGAAUCGAUAAUCCGAGGUCGCUCUAGUCACAUAAAUAUGUGUCGGUUGGGGAUUUAGGAAGUCUUAAUUAUCCACUUCCCUAUUUAUGAAUUAUGUAAAGGGUCCCAGUUCAUCAAACUUUAUAAUCUAUUCUCCAUUAGAAAGACAAACCACCCGGCUCGCUUGAGGUACAAAAAAGCCGUAGUCAUGUCCUCUACUAGUCACACACUGUCCUCCUCAUCCCCUCUAGACCUUUUUCUCACCGAUUAUUGGGAUCAAGAUCAGUUCCGAAAAUCAUCUAGACUAUUUUCCUUUAGAUAAUAAACCUCUCAGCUUCCCGAUUGGCUUGAGAUUAAAAAAAAAGUUAGUUCUAUACUUCAAUACCAAGAAAGUUCUUCUUAAAUAAACUCUUCAUUGAAUCUUCCAAGAUUAGAAAAGCCUCGAAUUCUUUGAAUAAUUGAACUCUUUUCAGUCUCCAACAAAACUCGACGGAACAAUGGGACUACCCGAACAGCUGGAGUCCACUCAACCACAUGAUUAUCGAGGGUCUCCGGAAAUCGAUCAGUCCUUUGUAAGUCUCCAGAAGAAAAUCACCCGACUUUUGAACACGAAUUGUAUGUUAUGUUUACUGAACCGUUUCAAUUUUAAGAAAAAAAAGUUAACAUAACUACAAUAAUAUUUACCCGCUUGUCAUGAGAAAACGACUGAUUUUUGGUGAUUCUUGUAGAAUGCAACAAAAGGCGUAUCGUUUGGCGGAAGAAUGGGUCCGUGUCAAUUUCGAGACGUUCAAUCAGACUAACGCCAUGUGGGAGAAAUACAAUGUCGUGUCGAAUAAAGUCGGCCAUGGCGGGGAGUAUGAAGUUCAGGUGAGGAGAGAAAAAAUCUAAAUGUCAAAAAAAUCCAGAAAAAUUGAGAAAAAAACUAGUCCGAUGGAAACUUAAAAUGUGCUCCAUUGAUAAUGGCAUUUUUACUAAAAUUUUGAGCAUUUUCCGCAGAUAAAAACCAUUUCAUCGGAGCAGUUCGAAUAAAAAACAUGUGUAGAAAAUGUGUAGAAGAAUAAGCUCGGUUAACUUGAAAGUGUGCUCCAGGGAUAAUCAAUUUUUUGGUGUUCCGUCUAAGAGAUAAAAACUAUUCAUGAACUACAUCAAAAUCACUCAUCAUUGCUCAUGUUAAAGUGGUGACUUUCGAAGUAAAAACACUUCUCUUUCAAAUUGACACCCUAUCAAAGCUUUUGGCCAAACUUGAAGGUAUUUUUCUGAUUGAUUCUCAUCAUUGCUCAUGUUAAACUCGUCAGGACAAAAUAUGAGUUUUUGAGGUUCCUGAGGUCAAAACUUGAUUUUAAUACAUAAUUUUCAAUUUUUUUGUCGUUAUUCAUCCUCCCUGACCUAUUGAGUUCCCACGUAUGACUUCGAAGUUCUCAUCCUGAUUAAUCCAAUAAAUUCUGUUUGUUCCUCCAGCUCGGAUUCGGCUGGACGAACGGCGUCGCCCUGGACCUGAUGAAGACUUACGGCGACCGUCUGGUCUACUACAAAAAUCAGUCGAGCUCCCCAAGUUCGCCCAGCUCCACCGAAGAGCCUCCUCAGCGAGAUUUCUUCGUCCGACUUCAGGAAUUACGCUCCUCUAGCUCAGUAAUCACAUUUUCGUGCUCUCUAACCCUAUUCGUGUACAAUCUAUACGUGUAA